AUGCCGCGCGCCACCCCGCCGCACCUCGCCGACGCCCUGGUGCACGCGCUGCCGUUGUCGGACCUCCCGCACCUCUCCCUCGAGGGAUUGACCCCGCCGCUCAUCCCCCGCGACCCAUCGACGGACGCCAUCGACGCCGUCCUCUCCGUCGCCGGCGCUCCCCGUCCCCGUCGCCGGUGCCGCCUCGCCGAACCUCCCCAACUCCUCCCCGAGCCCGCUGCCAGUCCCCUACGGCCCCGCCGUGAGCACCUCCCUCUCCUUGCACUCCCCUUCCCCCCCGUGUCGGACGUCACCGUGCACGCCGUCUCGCACCCGCGCUCGCCUGCGACCUCGACGGCCCCCGCUACUGCUCUCUGCUCCCCGCUGCCUCUGCUUUGCACGCGCUCGGUGGCGCUCCCCUCCCUUCGGGAGUGCGCCCGCUCCCCACCUCGCCGCACUGGUCGCGCCCCCGACGCGCCUCGACCCCGUCCUCACGCAGCUCUCCCCGGCCCCGGCCUCUCUCCGCUCUCGAGCCCGCCAGGCCUCGUCGUCACGCCCAUCGUUGCCGGGCAGUCCGCAUGCGCCCGCGCCCGUUUGCCCUGCAGCUGCCGCUGGUUCCUCUGCCGCAGCAACCACGCUCGCCCCCCGCCUUCGCUGGCCUCUACCGCCCGCGCCGACGCUCUGCCAAGCCCACCACCGCUGCCACUGAAUCUGCCCAUCGUUCGCACGUGCUCCCGCGGCGUCGUUCGGGUCGAACCCCGUCGGGCGCUCACGCCCACUACACCAGCGCCCGUAACCCCGCGCGCCCGCUAA